AUGCGAGAAACAAAGCUUCACAUCCCCAUGACCACCGCCACAGGCGAGACGAUUGGCAUCGUCGGCAUCCUCGCCCAAGCCGCGCUCCCACCGCACAACCCACAGGAACACGAGCCGCAUCCCAUGUACACCUCCCGAUCCACCACCUCGCCCAUCGAGCCGCUCCCCUACCACCCUGCCCCACUGUCCCGCCCGGACAUCGCCAACGACCCGUCCGGCUCGCUCUCGCAUCUCAGCAAGCGUCUCGUCUCGCACGAAGAGGAUCCGGCCACCAUGCAACGCCUGCGCAACAAGGACCAGGCGUUCAAGCGUCGCGGCUACCCACUGUACCCCAUCGACAAGCGCGACACGCGUGGACUCAAGAUCGCCAUCAUCCUCCACGGCGUCCUAGCACACAAGGAUCAGAUCUAUCACAAGCAGCUCGCGCGCGCCCUACCCGUCGACUCGUUCCGCUUCGACUUCCGAGCGAACGGCGAAACACCCGGUACGUGGUCCAUGGGCAACCUCGCCGAUGACGUUGAGGACCUCGUGGCGGUAGUCGACUACCUGCGCACCAAGCUCGAGUACACCGUGGAGAUUGUCAUCGCACACAGUCGUGGUGCGCUGGACGGCUUUGCGUGGUUUGCGAAACACUGUCCAGAUGCGCUACCGCCGAGUUUGAGGGUACCGUUCUUUGUGGGUCUCAGUGCACGGUUUAAUAUGGCCAACAUUCUGGAGCGCGAUCCAAAGUUCCUCUCCGCCUUUGCCAAGGAGGGGUUUGUCCGAUGGCAAGCAAGGGUGGCGGGACACGAUAAGGAGUUGCACGUGUUUCCGGAGCAGGUGGAGCAGUUUGCUGCCUGGCCAACGAGGGAGAUCGCGCUGGCAUUUCCGUACAACACCGACGUACUGCUGAUUCACGGCACGGCGGACAAGAGCGUUCCUGCCAGCGACGUCGCUUCGUAUGCCAACAUUCUGAGCGGGGUGCACCGGAGACCCGGGAGUUGUUCGGUAAAGCUCAUCGAUCACGCAGACCAUUUGUUCAGAGGGUUCUAUCCGCAGGUGGUGGAGGCGAUCGUCGAGUGGUUGGCCGAGAGGAGCGAGUUGACCAAGAUGGGGUUGAGCGCGGCGGCGUUGCGAGACAGGGAAGUGUUGGGAUUAGCGAGGUUCAAUCCAAGUCACUUUGCCCAAGGGAGAGUGGGGGGGACGGGGAUGUGGGACAACAACCUCGCCGGGGCAGGGUCGGCGAGGAACGGCGGGACCGGUCAGGGUGCGCCAUGGUUGGACACGAGCAGCACAGCAGCGACAACAUCGCCAUAUCAGAGGUACGUCGCUGCGUCGGUAGGCGUGCCCGCAGCGCAGCAGCAGCAAGCACAGCCCGAAGAGCCGCAACAGCCACAGCAGCGCAGUCCAGCGGAAGAGCUGAGGCUCGCCGAAGAGGACGCGGCCAACACGACCAAGGACCUCGUCGCCAAGGCGGCCAAAAGACUCGGAAAGCCAAUAGGCACCGUCGUGGAGGCACGAUCGGGUUCGUCACCAAUACCACCGUCAAGCAGCUCCAGCAAAGACAGGUCGAAACCAGCGCCGCCAGACGAGCACAAGUCGACGAGCAUUCCGAUAUCGGUCUCUUCGCAAAGGGCAAAGUCGCGGUUGUAA